ACGGCGGCAGCGGCGUUUUACCAGCGGAACUCAUCAAAUUCAAUACGAAAUAUAUUUCAGUCGCCGAGUUCAGCUCAACGCCGAUGGUUUAGACACUGAAAAGCUAAAAAGCUGAAAGCUGCAAGCUACGAGAGCUCGUUAAGCCGAAAGUGGCGUCUGAAUAAAUACAGAAAAAAAGAGAAGGAAAAAAACAGAAAGAAAAUAAACAAAAAAUUAAAAAAAAAAACCGAAAACAGAUAUAAAAAAAAAUAAAGAAAAACAGUUUUUUUGUUGUUGUGUUUGUCACCGCCGUUGCCGUUGUAGAUGUACUUUUAAUUCAAUUCCCAUUGCAAGUUGCACAUUUCCAUUGCCAAUUCCCAUUUCCCAUUUUCCGAAAUUCCCAAAAAGCGAUCACACAACUGCUAUUGCAGCCGCGUCAAUGUAUGUUAGAUGAUUGCCAGCCAACAACAACAGCAGCCAAAACCAACCAACAAACAAGCCAAAAGGAGGAGCCAUUCAUAAAAGUUCCAGAUAUUUCUAACCUCUCCACCAGGAUGUCGCCAAAAGAUGGCAGUCUAGACGACGGCAAAUUUGCCAAAUACACGGUCAAUCAUGAGCCACCACCUUCUUCUGCUCCUCCUCCAAUGACUACGACCACGACAACGACACUACCCACCAAUGUGGAGAAAGCCCUGGUAAAGGAAAAGGAUAUUGCCACAACGACCACGCCUGUGAAACGAUCUUGGCGGGAGAAGAUCCGUCUGGUGGCCAACAAUGUGACUGUGGAACCUAUUCUGGCUGCCUACAUCAUGCCCAGCGUGCUCUCCAACCUGGCCACCCAGAAUCUUAACCUGGAGAAGGCCUGUCGGGUGAACAUGGCCUACGGAGAUGAGGUGUGCGAUGCCCUAACCCGCCGACAGACAGCCAACUAUACAUUGGAAGAGGAAACCGUGCAGCAGAUGGUGGCACGAAUGGCCGCCUGGAAGACGGUGAUCCAGUCCCUGUUCCCCUGCCUGUUGAUCCUGUUCUGGGGCUCGUGGAGUGAUCGCCAUCGCCGGCGAAAGCCCUGCAUCCUGAUCCCAGUGGUGGGUGAGUUCCUGGGAGUGGUGGGCCUCAUGCUGUGCGUCUACUUCGAACAGGCACCCAUGGAGGCGGCGGCCCUUACAGAGGCCAUUUUCCCAUCCCUCAGCGGUGGUUGGUUCACCAUGUUGAUGGGUGUCUUUAGCUAUAUAGCGGACAUAACCACAGAGGAGGAUCGUACGCUGAGGAUUGGCAUCUUGAAUGUCUGCUUCUCGGUGGGCGUGCCCAUUGGCAUGGCUUUUAGCGGAGUUCUGCUCAAGCAAAUCGGAUUCUAUGGUGUAUUUUCGAUAUCAGCUGCCUUCUAUGUGAUAGCCUUCAUCUAUGGCUUCUGGUUCUUGGAGGAGCCUGUGGCCAGGCCGGAGAAGACUGCAGAACAUAAAAGCCUCCUGGCCGACUUCUUUGACAAGGAGCAUGUGGUCCAGACAUUCCGAGUGGCCUUCAAGAAGGGCGAAAAUCAGCGUAGGAAAAGGGUUAUCCUGCUGAUGAUCGUGGUGAUGGUGAUCAUUGGUCCCCUUCACGGAGAGAUGGCUGUGACCUAUCUGUUUACCCGCUUCCGCUUCAAUUGGUCGGAGGUGGAGUUCAGUUUCUUCUCGACUUAUGCCAUGUUCACCGGCCUGAUCGGUGUGAUCUUCUGCGUGGGAGUACUCUCGCACAAGCUGAACAUUGAUGAUGCCCUGGUUGGUGUCCUGUCCAGCACAUCGAAGAUCUUGUCCUCCUUUGUCUAUGCCUUUGCCACACUGCCGUGGCAUAUGUAUCUCGGUGGUCUGGUGGAGAUCUUCAAUGGCACGGCUUUCAUUGCCAUGCGAUCGAUAGCUACCAAGUUAGUGUCCAAGGAUGAGCUGGGCAAGGUUAACUCGCUGUUCGGAGUGGCCGAGGCUCUGAUGCCCAUGGUGUUUGCCCCGAUGUAUACGACUCUAUAUGCAGCCACUUUGAAGGUUCUGCCAGGAGCGUUCUUCCUGCUCGGCGGUGGUCUGACCUUGUUCUCUGUGUUCAUAUUUCUAUGGAUGUACCGCUUCCAGGUUCGCCAGCGUCAGAAACUGGCCACCACGGAUGCGGAAAGUGCCGCCGCCGCCGGCGUCAAGGAUCCCAAUGGCAAUAUUAAUGCCAUCGAAGCUUUGGUUCUGGCCAGUGAGGCCAAGGGACAGAUGAAUGGCAUCAUAGCCAAUGUGAUACAUGAAUCUUUGGAGCAUACUGAGCCAUCAACACCAGCCACUAACAACGAACGGGGCAUUGAGAACCAUGGCUUCGUCCAGGAGGAGGUCAAGGUCAAGGAUUGUUAGACGAGAUGAGAACGGGAUCCAUGUAUUAGUAGUCCCAUCCUCAUGUACAUACUCACAUUCUGCUAAGGAAAUGCGGAGCAGGAGGGAGGAGUAAGUUGGUUAAUCGAUUUCAAAAUCGAUAACUUACUAUCAAAAUGAAAAGUUUGAAACUUUCGAAUUACUCUCGAACCUAAUCCCAUUCCUAAUCACCUAAACAAUGUGUACAAUUAUCAAUAUUAUAUUUUUUUUAUUUAGCUUUAAGCUUUCUAAAUGUAUCUUCGUUUUCGUUGUAAUUAUUAUCGUAUCCUUAUUCCGAUUUGUUAUUUUGUAUAAUGUCAUUUUUUUUCGUUAGUUUUAAGGAGCAUUAAGAAGAAUUUAAUAAAUGUGUAACAUUGUCAGAAAGUAAUGAGUUAAUGUUAUGGA